CUUUUGUUUUGUUUUAAAUACAAUAUUAGACUUUUGAUGAAAAUUAAAAUAAUUAAAUGUUGAAAAAAAAGCAAUAUUGAUCAAGAGAACUACUCUUGUGAUCUCCAAAAAUAUCUAGACUAGAGUUGUUCAAUAUUUCAAUUACAAAAAAAAGUUCCCUCCUCACCACCAAAAUCUCCACAAUUAUUUUUCUUUCUCCUUUAUAUUUCCUUACUCACCAAGGCAAAACCAAAACACAUACCUCCAAAGUAAAAAUAAAAAACUAAAAAAAAGCAAAGAAACCCUACCCAUUUCAUCAUCCCCUUUGUCCUUAGCCUCCCUCUAUCUAUCUUUCUCCAUUCCAUCAAAUUUCCUCCUUUUACUACACUUCUCCCCUUCAUUCUCUACACCACCUUUUUUAAAAAAAAAAAAAAAAUUAAAAAUCCGCCAUUAAAAUGAAGCUCAACAAAAGCAAAAACAAAGGCAAAGUUCAUCCUUCUCCUACUUGUUGUUCAAGCAAUGAUAAUGACCCAAUCUCAUCUUUAAACCACCUUCUUCCUACAGCAAUUCUUACUCUAAUCUCCAUUCUCUCUCUUCAAGACCGUGAAGCUCUUGCUUAUAUGAUAACUCACUCUUUAAAAUCUUCCAAUAAUCUUAACUACCCAAAGAAAAAAUCCAACAAAAGAAAUUAUAAUAAUAAUUACAUCCCAUCAAACUCUUCUUCUCAUACAUCUCCUAGCUUUGAUUGUUGUUGUUUUGAUUGUUUCUCUCAUUUUUGGAAUUUAUGGGAUUCUUCACCUCAUAGUGAGCUUAUUCAUCAAGCCAUUGAAGCUUUUGAAGAACAUCUUUCUUCAACCGAAAUCAAAAAGAAAAACAACAAAAACAACAAAAGUAGUCAUAAUAGUAGUAGUAAGAGGAGAGAGAAUAAUAAUCAUAACAAUAAUAAGAUGGUGUGUUCUACUGCUGCUGCUGACGUGGAGGAGAGAGAUUCACUAAGUGGGUCCACUUUGGUGCCGGUGCAGGAGGUUGUGGGUGAUGAUGUGGAGGUUGUGAGUGUGGUUUUGGAUGACGUGGAGGAGAGAGAAAAUGAGGUGGAGGAAGAGUGUUCUCCGGUAGCCGGUGAUGGUGAAGAGGAGGAGAGAGAAAGUGGGACCCAGAAGAAGAUGUUGCAGCAACAACAGCAUAAAGGGUUGGCGAGGAAGGUACUUCCGGAUUUCAUUGGAUUGUUUCAUUCUCGUUUAUGGAACCUUUGGGGUCCGAAUGUGUGAAAAUGAAAGUUAAAAAAUUUUUAAAAAAAUUUGAAGAAGAUGAUGAGUCAGAUUAUUCCCUCUUAUCAUUUCUUUUUGUUUUCAUUAAAUUUCUUAAUCUUAAAGAAGGUCUUUUUUUUUAUGGGGGGGGGGGAAUAUAGAUGAUGUUAUUAGGAAAGGAAUUUAUGUGUUGUUGUUAAUGGGUUUAUAUUAUACAGUGUUGUUAAUGUUGGUAGUUGCAAUACUCGGAUGUAUUAUGUAUACUUCAGAUGCAUUUGAAUAGUGAAGUUUUGUCAUUUUUGUUGGUA